AUGAGCGGAAAUAAUAAAAUUGCUAGCUUUUUAACUGAACCAUUAGCAGAAUGUGAUCCUGAAAUGUAUGAAUUAAUUCGAAAAGAAAAACAACGACAGGUUCGUGGUUUAGAAAUGAUUGCAUCAGAAAAUUUUACAUCACGUGGUGUAUUAGAAGCACUUGGUUCAUGUUUAACAAAUAAAUAUAGUGAAGGUUAUCCCGGUGUUCGAUAUUAUGGUGGAAAUGAAGUAAUUGAUCAAAUUGAAAUUUUAACACAAAAACGUGCUUUAGCAGCAUUUGGUCUUGAUGAAAAUCAAUGGGGUGUUAAUGUUCAACCAUUAUCUGGUUGUCCAGCUAAUUUUGCUGUUUAUGCUGCACUUCUUGAACCACAUGGUCGUAUAAUGGGUUUAGAUUUACCUGAUGGUGGACAUUUAAGUCAUGGUUAUGCGACACCAUCAAAAAAAAUUUCAUUUACAAGUGUCUUUUUUGAAAAUAUGCCUUAUAAAGUAAAUACACAAACAGGUUUAAUUGAUUAUGAAGAAUUAGCACGUACAGCAAAACUUUUUCGUCCAAAAAUCAUUAUUGCAGGAAUAUCAUGUUAUUCACGUAAUCUCGAAUAUGAUAAAUUUCGACAGAUAUGUGAUGAUGUUGGAGCUAUUUUACUUGCUGAUAUGGCACAUGUUAGCGGUCUUGUUGCAGCAAAAGUUGUUGCUGAUCCAUUUCCAUAUGCUGAUAUUGUUACAACAACAACACAUAAAAGUUUACGUGGACCACGAGCUGCAAUGAUUUUUUAUCGUAAAGGACCAAAACGACCAGAAGUUAUUAAUAAAAAUGAUAAUUCAGUACAAAUGUAUGAUUAUGAAAAAAAAAUUAAUGAAGCUAUUUUUCCUGGAAUGCAAGGUAAAACUAAUUUCUAAGAUUUAUGUUUUUCGAUAGUUCAAUUAACCAUAUGUGAAUCAGUCAUCUAACUUGU